AUGACUGUGACACCCAUCGCACCUCAUUCAAACAUGAAUGGGACGUAUGGAGGUGGUGCGGGUCCAUUGUGGAUGGACGAGCCCAUUCCUGAAGAACGCCAUAGACAUCUCUUCCCAGAUGCGAAAGUACCUCGAACGGCCAACUUCAAUCCCAAACACCCGACCGGUGUGAGUUGGAUCCAUGACCUUCCAUACCGAAAUCAGACCGUGAUAGAGUACAAUGACCAUUAUUAUCGCCAGCGACUUCGUGCUCUUCAGGGUGUCGAUGAGCUAGUCGACAAUCUCAUCACACGUCUUGAAAAAUCGGGAAAGAUCGAUAAUACGUUCAUUAUUUACACCUCGGACAAUGGUUUCCAUAUCUCCCAGCAUCGGCUUCCCCCCGGGAAAACCUGUGGCUUUGACGAAGAUAUCCGAGUUCCUUUCAUGAUGCGCGGGCCUGGUAUCCCAGAGAACCAUGUGGAGAACACUGUUACCACGCAUAUUGACAUUGCUCCCACGCUCUUCCAGCUCGCCGGGCUUCAUCCGAGAUCUGACUUUGAUGGAACACCAAUUCCAACUUCUAAGUCUACAGGUGAUCUCCAUGAGCAUGUCGCAGUUGAAUAUUGGGGACAGGCGAUGCUCGAAGGUGGCUUGUCAAAUCUUGGGUCCCCCACUGUACCUAAUAACACCUACAAGGCUGUUCGUCUGUUUUCCACUGACUAUAACUUGUUCUACUCCGUGUGGUGUAAUAACGAGCAUGAGCUCUAUGACUUGACUACGGACCCUUACCAGGUGCAUAAUCUCUGGACGGGAGAUGCCCAAAAGGUUGAUAUUCUCGGGCAUCCAAUGAGGGAAGUAAUUCCAAGAUUGGAUGCCCUCCUCAUGGUACUCAAGUCAUGCCUUGGCUCCGAAUGCAUCAAGCCCUGGGAUACUCUACACCCGGAUGGCUCAGUGACGAGCCUUAGAGACGCACUGGAUGAUAAGUAUGAUAUCUUCUAUCAGUCCCAGCCAAAGGUCUCCUUUGGUCGCUGCGCCUAUGGCUAUGAGAUUGAUGCCGAAGGACCCCAGCAUGCCCUCAGUUUCAGAAAUGGGUACGGUUUAGAGGCCUGGGUUUGA